AUGGUAUCCGCACGAAGAGCACUACAAAUUCCUUCAUUUAUUAUUGCAUUAAUCGGGACAAUCAUCAAUUUUGUAGCUUUGGCAACACCAGCAUGGCAGGUAGUUUAUGUUCGGGAAUUGCAACAAUGGAUACAGAGCGGGUUAUGGAUGAAUUGUCAAACAAGGCCAUCUGGAAUGAUCUCCUGUACUUAUACAUUCACUAAAACUGAUAUUGAUUUUUAUACAAAUCCACAAGUGAUCAGUAUCCGGACACCCGCAUUCUAUGCAUUAAUCAAUAUUGGUUGUAAUAUAGCAUUUCAAAUAUUUGCUCAUAUGCUCGAGUAUAGGUUCUAUCAUGUUAGCGUUAGUGGCAUUUAUGAGGCAUAUCAAUAUCGUCAUCCUCAAGAAGAUUUUUUCGCAAUGCGUGCCUUACCUGAACUGCCUCAAAAAUAUCGGAAAUGA